CGAAUCUUGCGUCAUCGUAAAUAAAGUAGAGAUAGAACUGGCGACUAGUAGCUGUAGAGACAGCUGUUAUUAAUCCCACAUCAAGGUACCUGGCACCCGAUUGCACGUGGGGUCUUUAUCAAAUUGUCAACAGCGCUCAUAACACCGGCGACACUUAAUCGGCGCAAUUAAUUGAGAUCUCGUGAGAAUUUUUACAGCUUUUAGGGAUAGACGACGCGGGCUGUGUUCGGAAAGCGUGCUAUCGAAGUGUCGACUGAAUUGUUUCGUCCUUGUUUUACCUAAUUAAAAACGAUAAAAAUAAAAUGGCAAUGAUACUGAUAACACAUACCGAAUAGCACAGUCGACAUGGCUUGCGAAACCGCGAGUCCCGAAUCUCGUUAGUUUCUUGCUUGUGUCUCGUCGGCGAGGAUGUCCGACGAGGAGUGCCCGCCGAUUAUGGAACGGAAGCCGCGCUUCACGACAGUGACCAAGUACCUGCCGGUGCUCGAGUGGCUACCGCGAUACACCCGGUUGAAAGCCGUGUCGGACCUCAUAGCGGGCAUCACUCUGGGCCUGACUAUGAUACCUCAGAGUAUGGCCUAUGCGGUACUGGCUGAACGGAUUCCGCAGUAUGGUCUAUACUCUUGUUUUGUGGGCGGUUUCCUGUACAUUAUCUUCGGAACUGUCAAAGAAGUCUCGAUUGGGCCAUCGUCCUUGAUGUCCCUUCUAACGUUGCAGUACACGCGAGACAUGCCGCAGGAUUUCGUAAUACUCUUUUGUUUCCUGGCUGGAUGCGUAGAAUUUUUAAUGGGCGUACUACAUCUAGGAUUCAUGGUGGAUUUCAUAUCGAUCCCGGUCACAUCGGGUUUUAUGUCAGCGGGAGCGCUCAUUAUAAUAAUCGCUCAGCUGCAGGGUUUUCUGGGAUUGAAACACAAGUCAGAAAAUAUCGCGGACAACUUGUACAAAAUAUUUAAAAAUAUUAAUAACGUCCAGCUGGCCGAUUUCUCACUCGGGGUUUUCAGUCUCAUAUUUCUCUUAAUCUUCAGAAAACUGAAAGACAUCGACUAUCCUUGCACAAGAAACGAGAGAUACGCUUCCAGAAAUGCAAUGGUAAAAAGGAUAUUUUGGUACUUCUCCAUUGGUAGAAAUGCUCUCGUUGUGCUUAUAACAUCCACGAUAGCGUAUCAAUUCGAAGUGAAUACAGGAUCUGUUCCUUUUAAGCUCUCAGGAAAAAUCGAAUCCGGCCUUCCCAGAGUAGCGUUACCGCCCUUUUCAUCGCAAGUAGGAAAUCGAACUUACACGUUCCUCGACAUGUGCACUCAUUACGGAUUAGGGCUAGGGAUACUUCCUAUUGUAUCCGUCUUGGCGAACGUGGCAAUAGCCAAAGCGUUUGUUAUGGGCGCCAAUGUUAACGCGACACAGGAAAUGCUGGUUCUCGGUCUCAGCAACAUAUGCGGCAGCUUCGUGUCGUCGCUUCCAACCGCUGGUGCGUUUACGCGAAGCGCAGUCAGCAGUGCCAGCGGAAUACAAACACCUCUGGCCGGUUUAUAUUCUGGUAUUAUGGCAUUGCUGGCGCUGAGCUUCUUGACGCCCUAUUUUUAUUACAUUCCACGCGCGACGCUAGCGGCGGUGCUGAUAAGCGCCGUCUUAUUCAUGAUUGACCUGAAGAUCAUAAAAUUACUCUGGAAAGGAAGCAAAUUGGAUGCGAUUGCGGCGAUAGGGACCUUUGUGGUCUCCACUCUUAUCGGCAUCGAGAUCGGACUGCUUCUCGGUAUCCUCUUCAACUUGAUCCUUUUCAUCCGACUGUCCUCGAGACUGACGCUUCACACAGUCGACUGCAAAACUCAUCUGGGAAAUAGAUACAUAAUGCUAAAACCCGAUACCUGUCUCCAUUAUCCCACAGUAGCUUCCUUCUGCGACAAAGUCAUGAGUUUAGCUACAAACAACGUCCCGUUGAUCAUGAAUUGUAAGCCAUUCACCAGUCUUGAUUACACUUCGAUCAAGGGUAUUGAAAUGCUAUCAAGAAGACUAAACCAUGAAAGAAACCAAUUCUGGCUGUUGCAACUUAAUUCCGAUGUCUUGGAAAGAUACAACAUUCUCGCCGAUAAUGAGUACCUUCGUCUGAUCGAAAAAAAAGAGAGCAUCGCAGAUGUUUUUCACGACAAUGCUCUAUCCAAUAAAGAUCCUGAAUGUCCGAUCAAUAACACUGUGAAGAAAGCAACGGAAAUGAGAAAGCCGAGUUGCGAAGAUCAUAAUUCAUAUUCGAAUUCGCGACAUAAGGAUUCCGAAUUAAACGCCGAAGAAUUGACCUUAAUGUCACCAUCUGAAUGCAGAAUACAAGAAUAACUAAAUCUAAAA